AUGUCGAACGAUCUAUUCAGUAUUUCAUGGCUUAGUGUUUUUAUUGUGGUUAUAUUAAUUGCUUUUAUUGGUAAUAGUAUCAUAAUUUUGGCUAUAUUACGAGAUCGAUCAAUGCAUACGUCAACGUAUUUUUACAUUAUCAAUGUUAACAUAGCCGACAUUCUUCUAGUGUUGAGUUGUGUACCUGAACGUGUUGCUGAAAUAUUUCAUCCUAAUGAUGGAUUUUAUUUAGGCAUGUUUACAUGUUAUUUACUGCCAUUUCUACAACAAGUAUCAGUACAUGCUGCACUUGGAUUUCUCUUAAUAUUAACUGUUCAUCGUUGUUAUCUGGCUGGUGUUCCACGUUGUUUACAGCGAACUUUAAUUCACCGACAAAUUCGUAAUCAUUAUCAAACAAUGUGUCUUAUAUGGAUAUUUGCUAUUAUCAUUAAUCUACCAUUAUUUACGCUUACUACAUAUGAAAAAAAUUCGAACGCAACAAUGAACAGUACAACCAACAUAUCUGAAUUUGUGUCUGGGCCAAGUUGUGAUACAGAAGCUAGAGAACUUUGGUCGCGUACCUAUUUAAUUCUAUUACUUGUUUUUACUUAUUUAAUUACUGGUUUUUUUCUUAUAAUUAUUUAUGGUCAAGUUAUAAGAAUAAUUCUCAACUCGAAAAAACUUGCCAAUAGAAUCAAUUCCAACAAGCGAAAUAAUAACGAUGAAGAUUAUCAAUUUGUAUCACGUCAAACAACAAAUCAACGAAACAAUUAUUUUGAAGCACCACCACGUUCAUCAUUAUCUUCACCGCAAACAAUCGCAUCAAAUCGUCUUCAACAACAAAGUUCAAAAUCAUCAUCACCCAUAUCCAUCAUGAUUCCCAUGGAAACAACAAAUUCUCAUUCAGCACAACAUCUACAAGUUAUUGCCAUGCUGUUUGUUGUUAUUUUACUCUACAUUGUAUUACUCUUACCAUAUCGUUUACUUAAUUUACUUUUUAUUGUUUAUAAUGAAUUAUUUCAACAGAAUUUUAUGAAGGAAGUUCUAUUUAAAUGGCUAUUGAAUACGGUUCGUUUACUUGUUUUUCUUAAUUGCGCAUUACAACCCGUAAUUUAUCUUAUUAUAUCAUCACGUUUAAGACAAACAGUAUUGAAAUUUCUUCGCUCAUGUUGGCGUAGAUAUUAUUGUCAUUGGCGAUGUUCAUUAUCAAUGAGCCCUGAGCAACAUCAAAAGGCUGAUCAACGCGUUAUACAAGCAUAUCUAUGUCAAAGAUAUAAAAAUAUCAAUGAACAAUGA